AUUACUUGUCAAGUCGACAGUGUCCUAAUCAGACGUAUAACCCUCCUCUAUUUAACACAGACUUAUACCAAAAUGAGGUGCUUGAUCGUCUUGUCCGUCGUGGUGGCCGUAGCCUUAGCUGACACGUACUCCACAACUCAUGACCAAUUAGAUGUGGAUGCUCUCGUCACCAAUCAGGAUUCCCUCCGUGCCAUCACCAACUGCUUCUUAGAUAAAGGCGAUUGCGAUGAAACCACAACAGCUUUCAAAAAGGUACUGCCUGAAGCCACAGAGCAGGCUUGUUCUAAAUGCACCGGAGCACAGAAACACAUGCUCAAGAGGUAUCUGGAAGAAGUGAAGAAGAACUUCCCAGAAGAUUUGGACGCUCUUAAGCAGAAAUACGACCCUGAAGGCAAACAUAUUGAAGCUCUACGCGCUGCUAUUGCUGAUGCUUGAACAUGAGGAUACCAAAUUUUUUUAUAACAGCAAACAAAGUAUUACAUUAUAAUAAUUGAGAAUAAUGAUCAACAAAUUCUUCACUAAAGAUAAAUUCGGCCAUGCAAGAUACUAACUAUAAUAAUCUUAUUGCAAUUAUUAAGAUUUGUGAUCUGGAAUGUAUUUUUAAUAAAAAUCUUUAUUUUCGUU